AUGUUAACUAUUUAUGCCCGAUUUAUUGUCCGUCAUUCUUACCUUUAUUUGUUUGCCUUGAGUGUUAUUUUAACAGUUCUUACAGUGAUUCCACUGGUGUGUCACGACAUACCGUCAUUUUCGGAUCCAAUUAUCGGAUUUGAGACUCGAGGAACCACAUUAGCUCAUCGUUUUAUUGCAUGGGAAAAUCUUAUCGAUGAAACAAGACCAUCUAAAAGACUCGCAGUUAAUCCUAAAGACAUUGACGACCAGAAACGUAUGAAUCGUACUUACCACAAAAGAAUCAUCCAGAAUAAAAAAAAAACCAGAAAUGAACGACCUAAAAGUAAGGAACGUAGCAAAAAGAAAAAACCAAUAUAUAAUAAAACUGGUUUUGAAAAGACUUCAGAUGUUUCAAGCACAAAUUUUUCAGUCAAUGGUCAUGUUCACUGGGGAUUUGGAAAAAAUGUUUCAUAUGAAGAUGUUAAUGUUGAAAUUUUGAAAAACCAUACACGAAAGCAAUGGGUUUCUUUGAAAGCUAUGCAGCGGACCCCUGACAAGUCAAUCAAUCACAAUUAUGCAUCUAGUGUCUGUGGAGCUCCAAUAUCUGAAUAUGCUCACUUAGUUAUUUCGAGUGCAGAAAAUUCAUCCUUACUGGAAUUCAAAAAUGUUCAAAAAAUGUGUAGAUUGCAGUCACUGCUAAUCCAAGUAGGUGGUAAGGAUUAUUACAAGUUGUGUCAAAGGUCUAUGCGAAAUGAAGAUGUUUGUUGCCCAGUAUGGAGUGUGCCAAAUUAUAUAGCUUUAAUAUCUGGCAAGAGUUCUUGUGAAAAUGUUACGAAAGAGGAUGUAAACAAUGUAAUUGUAAUUUUAAGUAAAUGUGCCAGUUACUUCCAUGAUUUCAGAUUAAUGGCAUCAUGUGAAUUAAAUCAAUGUAGGGUGCCAAAGUAUUGUUCACAAUAUGAUGCUGUUUAUAAUUUGUUAUUUUACUUAAUAGAUUCGGAUGCUUUUGCUCCCCCACAAUUUACAGAAAAAUUCGUGAAAAAUGUAAUGAUCUUUCUUCCACUUGCAUGCAGCAGUACUGUUCUGCCUUAUUACCAGAAAUUGCAAAGUACAAAUUUGUCAUAUGACACACUUGUUAUUCCUGCUGUAGAUUUUGGGCUAAAGAAUGCAUUAUUUGAUUUAUGGAUAAUCCAGGAUACAUGGUUAAUAGGCGUAGGAGGACUUUUUGUUUUUAUAUGUGUCUGGGUCUACACUAAGUCUCUGUUAUUAACUAUACUGUUGUUUAUAGCUAUAUCAUACUCACUUGGAGUAGCAUAUUUCUUCUAUAAUUAUGUAUUCAAUCUAAAAUUCUUUCCAUUUAUGAAUUUAUUAGUAAUAGUUGUUGUGAUAGGAAUUGGCGCUGAUGAUGCAUUUCUUUAUGUUAAGCUUUGGAAGAUGAUUUGUAAACAGCUUAUUAGGGACAAUGUAAGUCAGGAGAAUGCACUCAAUGAUAUUAAGAAUGUCUCAAGUGCAGGUGAGACUAUAUUAAUUCAAAUACUUGAAGAAACCCUAAGACAUUCAAUUGUUACUAUGUUUAUUACAACAUUGACAACUGCAGUUGCAUUUUUUGCUUCAUAUGUAAGUUAUAUUCCAGCUAUAAAUUGCUUUAGCGUUUUUGCUGGUACAUCAGUAUUAGUUAACUUUUUGCUUAUGAUAAGUUGGUUGCCAGCAACAGUAUUUGUAUUAGAGGUUAAAAUGUGGAAAACUACUAAAAAUACAUGGAGUAUUGUGAUUAAUAAAGCUAUUAAUGAAAUUGGAGAGGAUAUCAAAGUUAUAUUAAAUAGAUUUAUAAUAACUUUUAUUACAAAAUCACACAUAGGUAUUGUAGUUAUAUUGGGUGCUAUAGGAGUUUGUAGUAUUGUUGUAGUUUUUUACACUCCUGGACUUCAAUUACCUGACUCAAAACAGUUUCAACUUUUUCAGACUUCUCAUCCUUUUGAAAAAUAUGACCUACAAUAUAGAGAUAGAUUUCUGUUUGAAAGAUUUGGUAAAGAUUUAGGCACAGGUAGUAAAAUGCCUUUAAGAUGGAUCUGGGGUGUCAAAGCAAUUGACAAUGGCAAUCAUAUGGAUCCCACCUCAACUGGGAAUUUAGUCUUUGACACAGAUUUUUCCAUCUCAGACCCAAAGUCACAGAUGUGGCUUUCAGAAUUUUGUAGAAAAAUAAAAGUUCAACCAUUUUAUCAACACACAUUAGGGCCUUUGCUUCCAAACUGUUUUAUUGAAAGUUUUAGAAUGUUCAUGAGUAGACGUUGUAUUGAUAACAUUGAUAAAAUUAACAGAACCCCUUGCUGUGAAACUUCCCAGUUUCCAUAUUCUAAAGAUGUUUUCAACUUUUGUAUUUUAGCAGCAAUGGAAUCCUUGUAUCAAACCCCAAGGGAGCUUUUUAUGCCAGGAGUUGCUGGACCUAAAUUUCUUAGGAGCGCCAACCCACCUAAUGUUUCAGCAAUGGUUGUGGAAUUUGAAAGUAUAGUUCCAUAUUCAAUGUCCUAUACUGCAAUGAAUAACUUUUUUAUGCAAGUUGAAAACUGGACUCAACAUGAAUUGAGGUCUGCACCCCCGGGUAUGAAAAAUGGUUGGUUUUUAUCAGAUUUGCAGUUUUAUGAUUUGCAGAAGACAUUAGCAAGUGGAACUGUAAUGGCUUUAAUAUUGUCUGCUAGCUUAGGGUUCAUAGUUCUUAUACCAGCUACUUUUAGCUUGGUCAUCAGUAUUUGUGCAUUAAUUGCAAUGAUAUUUUCUUCAACAGUUACUAUAGCUAUUUUAGUGUUAAGUGAUUGGAAAUUAAAUGUAUUAGAAAGUGUAGCGAUAUCAACAUCUGCAGGGUUAGCAGUAGAUUUUAGUCUUCAUUAUGCAUUAAGUUAUACAAAUGCUAGUGGCACAAAAGCUACUAGAGUCAAAUAUGCAUUAACAGCAUCAUCAGGACCUACUGCAGCUGCUGCAUUGACCACAGGAUUUGCUGGAAUAUUCCUCUUGCGAUCAAAUCUCUUGCCAUAUUCACAAAUAGGGAUUUUUUUUAGCACUGAUCAUGUCUAUCAGCUGGCUUUAUGCAACAUUUUUUCUGUGUUCCCUGCUUCUUCUUCUCGGAAAAAAUUCCAACAAAGAUCCUCCUACAGAAGAAAGAAAGUCCAUAUCACGUAUCAGUUCAAUCUGUUCGGGUGUGCCAAAUCUAGAAAGCCAUGA